UUUACAUUGCGGCAUAAUUAUGGCUAUAAAACGUUUGCGCAACCAUCCGAAAGGUAUCAGUUGCGAUUGAUUGGUUCGACGCGUGUGAAGUGUUUUUCCGAAAUUCCGGAGUGCUAGUGUUUGCUUUGCGACAGUGAAUAUUUUCCUUGAACGAUUACUUAUAUCAUUGAUUGAGUGAAUUAUACCGUUACCAAAAACGGGAGAGUGACCUGGUGUCAAAAUGUUGAAGCAAUUGAUUGCAUUGGCUGGAUUGUUCCUUUUCGUGCUGGGAUCAGUGAAUGCUCAGCAAAGGCAAGAUACCGAGAUUGCAUCUAACACUACAAUGGCACCUAAACAAGAAGAAACAACCAGUGUUGCUAGUACGACAGAAGGUGAAACUACAUCUGUAUCCAAUGCUCCUGCUGUGUUGGCCGGUGAAAUAAUGAAUGCACUAAGACGUGAAAUCGAAAGAAGGCGCACAGAGCGUCAGAAACUCAUCGAUGAACGCCGGGAAAAUAUCCUGAAAAACUUAGAUAAUUUAAGCGAUCGCCGAAGAGACUAUGAACUCCGACGUCUCGAAAAAUUACAAACCUCAGAGGAACAGCGCACCGCUCGUCGGGACGAAGUUGAAGCCCGCCGUGUUGGCAGAAUCCCCGCCAGAGAACAAAAAAGAAUAAUCAAGCUGCGACAGGAACGUCUGCUGCAAUCAGAACCAAAUGAAGCCGAAAACGAAGUAGACGGCCCUGGCAAUGAAGUUCCUCCGAAGCUGGCCAGUGUCAUUCGCAGUAUUGUACUGAUUGAGGAAGCCAGUGGAAACGUGCGGCUUGUAGACCUUGGCACCGAGGAAGGUCGCAGGCUCGCAUCUCGAGUGACGGGUCGAGUGGAGAACGAAGAUGAGCGGAGAGCGGCACUGGCCAAAUUAAGACUGAAAAGAGGCCAACUGUAGGUUGAGUGGUCAAGCUGCUUACUAGCUGAUUUGAUAGAAUAAU